UGAAGCCGCACGCCUCCACACAUCAGUAUAGACAGACACCUUUCCUUUGCUUCUGUGGUUCAUAACUGCUGACCGCUCGCGUCCUCACACACUAAACGCAGGCCUCCGGAUCCGUCUCGGACACUGCUCCCUGCGGCCAUCCUCUUAGACCGUCUCAGUCCUUUACGUUCGCCACUAAACUAUAACCGUCAGAACAUAAAGUGGUGUAAAACACCUCGUGAGAAACUCCUCUGGAUCCUGACGACAGCGGAAACAUGCCUGCCUUGUAGUCGACUUGUAGCUUCUGGUCACGUUCACUCCGAUUGGUAUUCAACAUUUCGUGAAUGUUGAUUCUGACACGAGUCAUCUGAAUAAGUGUGUUCAUAUCAUUUUCAUUCUAUUGCAUUCAGAUUCUUUAUUUGAGGGAGAUGCUUAUGUACAGAUAUGUGUAAAAUAAGAAAAAAUAAAACUUUGUUUCAUAGACCGUGGCGUUCUGGAUCGUCUGUUGUGGAGAAAAUACGAAUCGUAACUAAAAUCACUUUUCUGUGGAAGCUCGUUUCUGCCACAGGGAGAGAAAAAGGUAGAGGUGACUGACUUUUCCUCACAAUUCUGAGAAGAAAUAAACUCGGGAUUUCGAGAAAAGAGUCAGAAUUCUGAGAUUAAAAAGUCACAAUUACUUUUGUAUUUUCUCAUUUUGUGGCAGAAUCAAGCUUCUGUAGUUUUGCGUCAUUAUUUGUGCUUUAGAAUAGAAUUGCACAUGCGAUUAAACACAAAGUGCUGGUCUUUACAUGUUUCAUCCAAAACUGCCAUCAAAUAUAUUCCAAAAGUGCUUUCUUUCUACACAUUUUAUUUUUUUUCCAUUUUGAAAAUGAAUCAUGUUUCAUGCUGGAAAUUUGUCAACUCCUACAGAUCGAUGAAUUUAUGUAUCAUGUUCUAUUUGAGACUGUAUACGACUCACAUUGUUGGAACUAAAAGAAAAUCUGCGGGUUUAUCAAAUAUUAGUCAGAUAAUUGUGUGAUUGAGUGGAAAUACUCAUAUAAACAGACUUGUGUGGAUUGCUGCCACUACUGAUCAUUAUGCAGUGUUUUCCAGUUAUUCAUGGAAAGUGUUGUGAUUUGUGGCUGUGUCUGAAUGAAGUGAAAACAGGAGCCUGUAGUGCAGUUGUUUGUUGAGGUCACCGUGAUGAGCGCAUGCACACAUCAGAGUGUUUAUUCCAGUUUCAGUGCAGCAGCAAACCAAAAGAAAAGCACUGUGUGAGUGAGUGAGUGUAUGUGUGGAGGUUGUACAGUGAUUGAGAGUGUGAGGGAUUCCCCCGUCAUGAGCUUAAAGCCCAUUGCACUCGUACUCCAGCAAACACACACACACCGAGACUGAGUCUGAGCGACGACACUCAUCAUGAAGAUCUGCGCUGUGUUCUGUGUAUUUGUGGCUCUUGCUCUGGGCUCUCCGGUUCCUCUGAACACACAGCAGUGUGAAUGCAGCGCCGCCGCCAGGUCUCUGCUCUCCAGCCUCUCACACAUCAUGCAGAAGGAGGGGAAGAUGAAGCACAGGGAUCUGUUUGCUGGCUUUAACUGCACGGAUCUGGAGGCUCAGAUGAUUCCUCACACUCUCACAGCAUCUGUCUGUCAGCCCAGCGCCUCUGAUGAUAAAGCAGCCUGCUCCAGCCACCGGAGCUCGUCUUUCAGUGAGAUGGAGUGUCUGACGAACAUCCGAGCCGAUCUGCGCUAUUACCACGUGAUGCUGAACUCCUACAAGCCCAGCGAGACUGAUCUGAGUCCAGUGAAGACGGCCACCAAAGCCCUGAUGGAUUGUUUGGAUGAGAACUGUGAGGCUACGGAUGGAGAGUUUCCUCAGUGGCUCGUCUGGAGCGGCUCGUCCUUCACUGACCGUCUGUCGCUGUGCAAAGCGCUGAAGGGCUUCCACAUCCGGGCCGUCACCGUGAACCGGGCGCUGGGGUACAUCGGCUCCGGAGAGCACAGGAAAUGAUGUCACUCACUCCGGAGAGUCACACAUAAGCUGAAUAUUUAUGUUCACCCCUCAAUCUAUUUAUUUGUUUUGAGAAAUUAUUUAU